GCACUGAACAGUAUUUAAGUCAGAUAAACCUUGUCAGACAUUUAUUCAUUUUCCUCAGAAGUGCUGAGGAGUGGUAUUUUCACUGUACUUUGUUCAGUUUUUUGGUCUAAUGUCAUAGUAGAAGGGGAAAUGCAGCUAUUGUGAAUGACGUGUCCCGGAAGCUGAGAAACCGUGAAGUGUGGCUUGCAGAGAUGCAACAGCGAUGAUCAGUGUUUAGACGACAUCGAGAACUAUGGAGCGUCUUCCUCUGCUGUGUCUCUGUGUCCUGACCUGGUCUGCAACAACGUUUGCUGAUGUAAACCGACCAGAGAUCAUCAAAGUGACAGAAGGGAGUGAUGUGACUUUACCCUGUUCCAUCACAGGGAACAUUGAGUCAAAGCGCUUUGACUGGAAGAAAGACGGUCAGAAGGAGGUGUAUGUGUAUGAUGCUGGGCCUUCUUCCAGUAAAACUUAUUCGGGUCAAUAUGAGCAGUUCAAAGGUCGUGUCUCUCAUUUUUCUGGAGAACUGAAGAAUGGCAACGCCUCCAUAAUGAUCAGAAACACGAAGGUGGCUGACAGUGGAAACUACACCUGUGAAUUUCAACAUCUUCCAAAUCAAAAAUUCCUCAUGAAGCUUCUUGUUGAUGGUCCCUUAAAAGACAGAAGCCCGAGGAAAACAUCCAAG